AGGAAGCUAUGGAAAAACAACUAAUGGAAAUUCGUAAAAAAUGUAUUGGUUUAUCUAAACUUACUAAAGAACAUGCCAAAUCUAUUAACCAGCAUACACUCUUCUCUAAAGACACCUCCUUGGCCAAUACUCCCAGAGAGGUGCAGUGUUAUUGUUCCUGUUUUUUGGAGGAAUAUGGUAUUUUAAAUAAUGGUAAACCAAAUGAGAAAAUUGUACGUUCCAAAUUGUCAGCUCUUAUAAAUGACAAAAAGAAGGCUGAUGCUGCAUUGGAUAAAUGCUUGAAAUUGGAGGGCAAGGAUAAGUGUGAAAUAGGUUUCAAUUUUCAACUUUGUGUUGUUAGGGAGACUAAUUUACAAGUUUUCUGA